AUGGUUGCUUUUAGAAGAGCAGUCACUCUGAACGCCGUCGCGGUUGCGCGGCUCCAGUCUCGAACCUUGAUAUCUCGCUCUCGAUCCCUCGCCAUCGCCACACAACACCGCGCCUACACGUCGCCGAGUACCCGACGGCAAUAUGCCUUUCACACUCAACUCGAGAACUCGUCUAUUCCUACCUCCUCAGCCUUCCAGUACCAGCGUGCGCCUGUGGUAGAGAAUCCCCAAACUCUUGUCGAAAAGAUAGCGCAAAAGCAUGCCGUCGGUCUUCCUGAAGGCAAGAAAAUAAAGAGCGGCUCGUAUCUGUCGUUGGCUCCGAAACACAUAAUGUCACAUGAUAAUACCUGGCCUAUAGCCCGAAAAUUCAUUGAAGAAAUUGGAGCUUCUAAGAUAUAUGACAAUCGUCAACUUGUGUUCACGCUUGAUCAUGACGUCUCAAACACCUCAGAGUCCAACCUUCGAAAGUACUCGUUAAUUCGUGAAUUCGCUGAGAAGCACGGGGUCACAAACUAUCCUGCUGGAAGGGGAAUUGGACACCAGAUCAUGAUCGAGGAGGGAUACGCCUGGCCAGAGACAGUUUCCGUAGCUAGUGACAGCCACAGUAAUAUGUACGGAGGUAUAGGUUGUCUCGGCACUGCUGUCGUUCGUACAGACGCAGCCGCUAUCUGGGCUACUGGGCGGACCUGGUGGCAGGUCCCCCCCGUUGCAAAGGUCACUUUCACUGGCAUUCUUCCCCCUGGAGUUACCGGUAAGGAUGUCAUUAUUGCUCUCUGCGGCCUCUUCCGUGAUGAUCAAGUGUUAAACCACACCAUCGAGUUUGCUGGUGGUGAGAGCCUUACUAUCGACGAGCGCUUGACCAUCAGCAACAUGACAACGGAGUGGGGUGCCCUCGCUGGUGUUUUCCCUGUCGACGAUGUGCUCAUCUCAUGGUACCGCGCCAAGGCCACCACCAACGCCAUGUUCAACGGCUCUUCAAAGGAUCGUAUUAACCACAAGAGAAUCGAUGAGCUCGAUCAGAACAGAUUGUCUGCUGAUCCCGGUGCCACGUAUGCUAAGGAACUGUACCUCAACCUCUCAACUCUAUCACCGAUUGUCUCAGGACCCAACUCUGUUAAGGUCGCCACCCCCCUGCACAAGCUUGAGGCUGAGAACAUUCCCGUCAACAAGGCCUAUCUCGUGUCUUGCACCAACUCUCGAGCUUCUGAUAUCGCGGCUGCUGCUCGUGUCUUCCGUGAGGCCGCUAAGGAGGGUAAGCCCGCCAAGGUUGCCCCUGGUGUCGAGUUCUACAUCUCCGCGGCAUCCGUUCCUGAGCAAAAGAUUGCCGAGGAGGCUGGAGAUUGGCAGGUGUUGGUUGAAGCUGGCGCUAUUCCCAUGAUCUCAGGAUGUGGACAAUGUAUCGGCUUGGGCAAGGGUCUUCUUGAGCCUGGUGAGGUUGGUAUUAGUGCCAGUAACCGUAACUUCAAGGGCCGCAUGGGUUCUACAUCAGCCAAGGCAUACCUCUCCAGCCCUGAGAUCGUUGCUGCCAGUGCUCUCCAAGGCAAGAUCGCUGGUCCUGGCUGGUACCAGAAGCCCGAGGGUGUUGAGAAGGUCAUCAUCGGCGAGGGAAGCGGCGAUUUUGUUGCUGACAAGGCUUUGUCCAUUGAGGAUGCCCUUGACAAGAUCAUUAACGAGGCUGACGCUUUGAUCGCCGCUGCUGAGAAGUCUGAGGGUGCCACUGAGGAAGCAAGCCCUGCUGCGUCCGAGGAGGAGUCGUUGACUGAGAUCCUCCCUGGCUUCCCUGAGAAGGUCGAGGGUGAGAUUGUCUUUUGCGACAGCGAUAACAUCAACACUGAUGGAAUCUACCCGGGCAAGUACACAUACGAGGACAACAUCUCAACAGAGAAGAUGGCCGAAGUCUGUAUGGAGAACUACGACACUGAGUUCGGCAAGAUUGCCCAGCCCGGCGAUAUCCUCGUCACCGGCUUCAACUUCGGCUGCGGAUCAUCCCGCGAACAAGCCGCAACCGCCAUCCUCGCCAAGAAGAUCCCUCUCGUAGUCUCGGGCAGCUUCGGCAACAUCUUCAGCCGCAACAGCAUCAACAACGCGCUCAUGGGUGUCGAGGUGCCGCGUCUCGUCGAGCGUCUCCGCGAGACGUACAAGAACGACACCGAGAAGCCGCUCACUCGACGAACAGGGUGGAAGUUUGUCUGGGAUGUGAGGCGGUCAAAGGUCGUUGUUACGGAGAAGGAUGGCAAGCAAUGGGAGCAGAAGGUUGGAGAAUUGCCUGCUAAUGUGCAGGAGAUUAUCGCCAAGGGCGGCCUGGAGAAGUGGGUUAAGUCCAAGAUUGAGGCUUGA